CAAAUUUCCCGUUUGCUCCUCCCGACCGGCAUGAAUCUGCGUGAAAACUGGGCGCAGCCGGUGCUGGCCAUGCAGAUCUUCUUUCUGCUACGGUUCUUUUGGCAGUCGGAGCUGCAACGUGUCGUGGAGAAAAGUUGUGGUGCCGCUGGCCGACACGAUCAGGAGGAGAAAAAUCCCGUCAGGAUUAACCUCGCACACACCACCUCCUUCAAGACCACACAACUCCUCUUCGCAACCACGACGCUCGCUUCCUUGCUCGUGUGGCAGUUUACCCCGUUUGUGCUCACACUGCAGGGCGCAGCGGUGUAUUUUGUGUACAUCUGCCGUGGCAUUUCCUUCGAGACUUUUGCGAAAUUAUUGAACCUCUACUUUCUCGCCUACGCUUCCGCGAUCGUGCUCUUCUCGGGGAGUGAACUGAUUCUCAGCAGCCUGUUUCUGUCGCAGUUACUGGCGUUCAGAGUGGUGGUCUGGGUUUUCAGGGACGACGGGUCGAGGAGCAAGAACAAAGCGAAUUACUACACAACUUCAACACCGCCCACAGCCGGCGAGGAUCGCAGUAGUUCCACUUCUUGCGCCGACUACGUUACGAAAUUCCGCUUUCGCUUCUUCCAGUUUUUCAAGGAGGGGUUGCUUGCGGUUUUCGUUUUUUGCGUGCUGCGAUUUUUCAUCAGCAAGAGUUUCACCGGGGACGCGCACAUUCUGGAGAUUUUUUGCGCGAAAGCGGAGUACGAGGCCUGGCCCUGUCCGGCAACGCGAACGUUCAACGCGCGACUGUAUCUUGUCAUGGGCGUCUUCCACAAGGUCGCGCAGGACGUGGUGGAUUUUUUUCACACUACCUACACUGUGCAACUUUGUUUAGCGGGGGCAACUUUGUUGCUUCUGCAAAAUUUGUGGCACUUUUUCGUGGACCCGGUACUGAGAGUAUUGCUGUUCUUCAAGAAAAAUAAAAGCGGGACGAUGUGGAACCAUGAAGAGGACACAAAAUUUGUAGCAUCCUCUUCCUCCUCGCCAGCUGGAGGACAUGGCUGUACUAAAACCGGUGGUGCAGAAAUUUCCAGCGGCAGCGAAUAUGAAGAAGAAGAAGGGUGGUCUAACGAACUUCAACAUCUUCAAACAGUAGACCACACGAAGUACACCGCACUUCUGCAGAUGAGUCCGUCUGUGAAAGUCUUGGCGCGCAAUUUGCGAAGGGACCUCUUCACGACAAACGCCUACGGUCCGGGGAUACACAUGCGGAAC